AACAGAACAUCAUGAUUUAGAUUUUUUCCUGUAAUCAGAAUUUAAUUCUUUCACUGUGAUUCAUGAGCAUGAUCAGAAGAUGAAUCCUGGAAGAACCUGGUUCUUUGGAUUUAGCUGAAAUGAGCUGAGCAGCUAAGUUUGAUUUACAGGGGGAAAAUUAAAUUAUGGUGCAAAAAUGCAUUUAUUUCAGUAAUCCAACUUAGACUGAGACCAUUUAAAGGCUCAGGAACUUUUUGCAGGUGUGUGGGACUCGUUAGACACGUUGAGCCGAGAAUAUUCAUGUAGAAUGUGUGGUUUUCAUCAGCUGUAAGCCACAAUCAUCACAAUUAUAACAACUAAAGGCUUAAAAUAUCUAGAAUUAGUCUAUCUCAUACAUCCGUUUCACCUUUUGAGUUGAAUUACUGACAAAAAAUGUACUUUUGUCCCAUUUUCAGAAUUUUUUGCAUUUGUUCUGCACAAAAACAUCAGGAGGAUAAAUAAGAACUCUCACCGCUAAUUUCUGGAUGUUAUUUAAUUCAAAGACAGCUCAGCUAGCGUGCUCUUCCUCCUCUUGACUCAUGUGGAGCUGUGCAAACCCACUGUGGCACAAAUCUGGAGAAGAGAGGGAGGAGUGGGGCAGCAGGGAGGAGGAAUGUGAAACAUUUCUGAUGCUUGUUGGGUGGUUGUUUACGCGGGAGUCAGCCUGUGACAUCAGAGUCCAGACUUUAUAAAUGUCAGCAAGCACAAGAAUGAGCAGUUAGCAAUCGGCUAUUCCAGCUGCACUACCCCAUCCUCCAUCAGCAGCUCCAUCCCACAUGGACCAACGUAUUGCCUUCACCAUGCUGCUGUUUGGGGUCGCACAGGUGGUGUCUCGGGUGUGUGACCGGCCCUGUCUAUGUCCUGGUCCUACCCCUCAGUGUCCGGCUGCAAUCCCGCUUAUACUGGACGGCUGCCAGUGCUGCCAGGUGUGCGCCCGGCAACGAGGCGAGCCAUGCACUGAGAUGUUGCCCUGUGACAGACAACAAGGUCUGCAGUGUGACUACAGUGCCAGCUUCCCUGGAGACCCUGGGGUGUGUAUCGGUCCGCAGCAUCUGGGCUGUGAGGUCAAUGGGAUCCAUUACAGUGAAGGCCAGUCUUUCCAGCCCUCUUGUGAUGCUUACUGUCACUGUCGAGGUGGAGGGGUGUCCUGUUUGCCGGCUUGUCCACUAAAUGGCCUUAUUCCCACUCCGGAUUGCCCCAAUCCACAACGCGUCCUUCUUCCAGGAAAAUGCUGCAGGGAAUGGGUGUGUGAAAACCUUGAGAACACGGUCAUUCAGGAUGCCAUAACAGCCAUGAAACCAGACAGAUUGUUGCCAACACUGCCAAGGAUUAACCCUUUAAAGAAGCUGCACUCACCAGCCUUCACUUGUGUGGCGCAAAGCACUCGGUGGAGUGACUGUUCCCAGCAUUGUGGCGCGGGGUUCUCCACACGGGUCUCGAACCACAAUCCUGCCUGUAAGCUGCAAAUGGAAACUCGCCUCUGUAAAGUGCGUCCAUGUCGUGUGACUCAACCUGUUCCAUGGAAAGCCAUGAGGGGUCAGCAGGGCCGGUGCGAGGCCAGCUACACAUCACCGGGCCCCAUCCGGCUCGUGCACCAGGGCUGCUACAGCGUUCGUGCCUACCAGCUCCGGUACUGUGGACAGUGCACUGACUCUCGGUGCUGUGUGCCACACCAGACCUCCACUAUACAGGUCACUUUCCGCUGCCCCACCGGCAGACAACUUCAGCGAGCAGUGAUGAUGAUCCACUCAUGUGUGUGUCAUAACAACUGCCCCUAUGCACCAUACACUAAUCCUGCUCUCUGGGCAUACCAGUCCUGAUAUCUGUUGAUGCACAGACUAAAUAUAAUAUAAAACAUGGCAGAACCAUUAAUUAAGAUCCAUUAAUUUUCCUCCGCUUAUCCGGGUUUGGGCCACGGUGCAGCAGCCUAGGCAGAGAUGCCCGGACUUCCCUCUCCACAACCACUUGGUUCAGCUCCCCCAGAGGAUCCCAAGGUGUUCCAAGGCCAGACAGGAAAAAUAGUCCCUCCAUCGUGACCUGGAUCUUCCCUUGGAUUUCUUCCCGGUUGGACGUGCCUGGAAAACCUCACCGAGGAGGCGCCCAGGAGGUAUCCGAACCAGGUGCCCUAUCACCUCAACUGGCUCUUCUGGAUGUGGAGGAGCAGCAGAUCUACUCAGAGCACCUCCCGAGCUUCUCAACCUAUCUCUAGGGGAGAGCCCGGACACCCUGUGUAAAUAACUCAUUCUGGCCGCUUGUUUCUGUGAUCUCAUUCUUUCAGUCAUUACCUAGAGGUUGCCUUAACUGUAUAUUCUCCAUAUUUGAUUGUUUUUUGUUUUGUUUUUACAAACAGUGACGAAAAAACUGAAAGGAGUCCAUCACUUUGACAGAUUGCAAUUCACACCCGACUAAUGCAGGUGCACAGAAAUGUUCUAAGUUAUGCACAAAAUCUAUCGCGUAGGUAAAAAAAGAUUCCCAUCAGAGCAUCAUCUCACAUUUGGACACCGCGCAUCACGUUAUUGACAUCACACUGCCGAGCAUGGACAGGAGCUUGGAGUGCAUCUGUAACAGACCAGUGAAGUGAAGCCACUGGUGCACAAGAGCAUAUACAUGUGGCAAGGUGGAGAAACGUGGGCCUGGGCGGGAUUUGAUCCCCAGACUCUCAGGUGAGAGUCACGCACGCUAACCAGACAGCCAAAGGAAUAACCCCGUGGCCAAGUAGCAAGGGCGCAUGAUCGAUAGGGAUACAGUGACAAGAUGCUCACCCUGUCACAAACAGGAGGAUUUCCUCCCACUGCAGCGAGUGCUUGUCAGGUCUAGAAACCAUUUGUUCUGAGAGUCUUGCUGACUUCUGGUUAUUUUAUUUGGAUAAAUGUUCCCUGCUUUCAAUACUUUGGCUGAAGUAGCGCUCCAGUUCCCAAUGUGGCGGUGGAGUGCGGAUUCAGCCUCACCAACGUUUAAACAACCGUGAGUCUAUUUGAGACAAAAGUCCAGAACUUCAUGACCUUAGACUCUUCAACUAGCCCCCUUGAGACAUUUGAUUAUGCACAAGCAUGUGCAGAGUUCAGGUUUAUGUGGAGUAGAAGGAAGGUUUGUGUUGGGACCACAUCAAGUGAAAUGGUCCUACUUUAAGUUGUAGGGUUAAAUAUUGUUGCUUUUAAGCUUAAUAUAUUGCCUCUACUCAUGACCAAUAAGCUGUGAUGUUCUAUAUAAAUAUAGGAUAUCAACCUUAUUAGUCUUUGAAUGUUUAAUCAGAAGAUUCUAGGAUUCUUUGCUUUUUUAGGGAUCAAACACACUUCGUAUCAAUUCAGAGAGUCAAGUUUAUAAAAAGUAAGAAUUUAUUUUAUAAACAAUUAAAAACAUGGCAACUAGGGAACACUUUAUGUGAUGAGUGGAUCUAAGUGGAUGGAAUGUGAGGUGUGAUGAUGUGUGAAUGGGAUGUUAUCAGAACCCUCGUAUAUGAAUAAACUGAGUUCUGAGUGGGAGUGAAUUUAGUCUGCAAUUGUUAGUUCUUAUCAAAAACACUUUAGACGCAAUCUGUCGAGUCUACGUACCCUGAUCGAAGACCCCCCGUGGUAGAUCCGGAAUGUUGAGGUCCGGGGACCCCAGAGGUACCGAAGUCCGUAGAAGAAACCGCAGAAGUGCCGACUUGACCGGUCUCAGGAUGUCUUCAGGUCACAACAGUUGUCAUUUGAGUCUUAGGAAUAACUCUUAAGGAGUUGAAGUUGGUUCAGCUUUGAUCUGAAGGAACCGUUUGCGGUCAGCUGUAGUUUGAACAGGUUUUUGACAGCUUGUCAAGAGAUGCGGUGGUUAGAGAGUUGUUCCCCGGUAGCCAGUCCGGAGUUCUGCUCAAACUAACAGAAUGCUGAAUCACUCCGUAAGUGAUCCUGUUUUAAUAUUCUCAUAUUAUGGCCAAUCAGGACAUGCUAUGUUAAAAGGUGUUAACAAACAAACCUCAGAUCAUCACGCCUUCUCAGAUACAGGACGCUCUGAUUUGUGGGUAAGAAAAUAUCUAUGUGCAGUGACGUUAACUUUAAUUUAUAUCUUAUGAACAUUGUAUGAGUGUAGAUAAUGAUUCACUUGUUAAAUCUAACUUUACUGAUCAUAAUACCAAAAUGUUUCAUUGUAAUAAUAAAAUUCCUUUCAACCACAGUAAUUUCAGCACAGAUUAAUCAAACAUUGAUAUUAGUAUUCAUAUAAAAUUUGUUCAUUCAGCCAUAUUAUUAUUUAAUGAUUAUUUAACUUAUAAGUUGUAAAAGUUCUUCUUUUGUUCUUCUUUUGUCCUGUGAAGCAAGCGGACAGUUAAGGACGCAGCUUGGCAGAGAGGAACCUUGAGGAAGGAACAUGAUGUUGACAAUCAGAGUGUAAACACGCAGUGGCGAAUCUUUCCUGCAGCUUGCAAGAUCAAGAGAGGCAGAGAGACAGAUUCAUGUCUGUAGAUGAGCGGUCACUGAAAAGGUCAAACUGUAGAUGCAAACUGACCAUUCCUGGACGUUACAAAGUGAAAAAAGUUCUUCUCAGUAAAAAUUUUCUACUGGGGCACUCUGUUCAGCUUGUUUGGACUAAAUAUUAAUUAAAAAAGAAUGAAAAUGAAAUGAUAUUAAAUGCUUAUUUACCCGGUAUUAUUAUCUUAAAGAUGAAAGUUGGGCAGAAAAAAUCAAUCAUGACCCUUUUUUUUUACCUUGUUGAUGGACAACAAAAAUGUCUAGUGCAACCUCUGGUUGGAACGUAAAUCAACUGGUAAAUUGAGAGCUUCACAUCCCGGCUCAGCUCUCUCCUCACCAUAACUGGCCAGAACACCGCCUGCAUCACCGUAGACACAGCACCAAUCUGCCUAUCGAUCUCCCACUCCAUCGUUUCCUCAUUCCCAAGACCCUAAGGUACUUAAACUAAAUGGUAAAGGGCCUGUAUUGGGCCAUAUUGGCCUUCUAAAGUCCUAGAACCCCCCAAGGUCCUUUACAACAUAGUCAUCCACCCAUGCACACACACACACACACACACACACACACACACACUCCUCCACUCACUCCAGCAACUUGUCCCUGACAUGGAAAAUGUUGAAUUGUAAAGGACUUGUAUUUUUAUUUUAGGACCUUCUAGGGUUCAACAACCCCACAAGGUUCUUUGCAACACAACCAGUCAUUCACCCACACACAUACAUUCACACUCCUGUGGCGAUAAGCUAUAACGCACUGGGCCGCACUGAAAGCAGCGAGGCUGCCGAGUACUGGCGCCACCGCUCCCUCCGACCAUCACCAGCAGGCAAUGGGGGCUAAGUGUCUAGCCCAAGGACACAACAGCAGCAUUCUCUUCCGGGAGCCGGGAUCGACCCUACAACCCUCCGAUUGCUGGACUACCUGCUCUACCUCCUGAGCUACUGCUGUACUUCAUUGUUCCAGUAAUACGAACAAAGUUCCAGGAUGAUGAUUUCAACCCAGGAGGGGGUUUAUCCUUACAAUCCUGGAAAAGGGCAUCGGACGCUGGAAACAAAAAAUUUGGACUACACAUUUUUACCCAGAACCAGGGAUAAUAUCCCACGCUCGUUUUGACAAUCGAACUGUUGGGUAAACACUGUUCUAUGAAAUGUCUGUCAUUUUCUAUAUCCGUAUUUGAUUGUCAAAAUGAAUAAUUGAUAAAAAGAAAUAAAAACUUAGAUAUAAUUGAUAAUAUGCCAUACUGAAGUAUUUUCCUGUGAGCACAUGUUCUUCACUUUCCUUACGUGUGCUCAAGUCUCCUAGUUUAGAAAAUCUAUUAAUGUGCUUCUGAUGUUUAAUAAGGGCUGUAACAGUGUUUGGUUGACUACCGUAAAUCCUCUAACAUUGGCCUGCAUUCGAUUAACUGCCGGGUAUCAUAUUUUGGCCGGUGUCGGAGUCGGCAGAGGUGAAUAAUGGCCGGUAUUUUAUUGAUGCCGGGUGGAAUGUGGUAACAAGCAAG